AUGCCCGUGUCUGAGUAUUCGAAAGACUCUGACCGAACUACAGAUGUACAGACACACGAUCAGACGCCAUUCGACGCCAUAAUAACGGGCCAUCCACUUAUAUUGAAAGGUCUAUCUGAUUGUGGGUUCACAAAUGCAUCUCCGAUACAAGUUGCCGCUCUACCGACAAUCAUCGCAGGACAUGACACAAUAGUUGAAGCAAAAAAUGGAACAGGAAAGACAUUAACUUUUGUUAUACCAACUUUGAUAAGACUGAAAUUAGAACAGGUUCAUUUACAAACUAUUAUUUUGGCACCAACACGAGAAAUCGCUGUGCAAAUACAACAGUGUUUCAAAAAAGUCGGGCAGCACUUACCAGAACUGAAAUGUGAAUAUUUCAUUGGUGGUACUCCAGUUGAUGUUGACAAAGAGAAGGCAAAGUGCUGUCAAAUAGCUGUUGGUUCCCCCGGACGUAUCAAACACCUCAUCAACGAGCAUGUGUUAAAAUGUUCAGAAGUAAAGAGCUUUAUACUCGAUGAAGUUGAUAGAUUAGUUACUGACAAAAGUUUUACAAAAGAUGUUCGACUGAUUGAUGCUAAACUUCCGAAAUUAAAGCAAACAAUUGUUGUAAGUGCAUCAAUUGAUAAAAAUGAUAUGUCUGUCUUUGAUGAGUUCAUGAAAGAGUAUAUUGUGGUCAAGGGAGCAGAAGAGGAUAUGAAUGCUUUACAAGACCCUUCAAAGUUCCUAUUAGGUAUUAAGCAAUAUGUAGCAUGUGUUAAAGCAGUCAGUACUAAUAUAAUAUUAUUACCUGCAAAAAAUGUGCGACUCCUCAAUAUAUUACAAAAUUUGCCAUAUACUCAAUGUAUCAUAUUUACUAAUUACAUGACAAGAGUUGAAGCUGUUUGUAAUAUGCUACGUGACCAUAAGUAUAAAGCUGAUUACAUUAGAGGUGAUCAAGAUCAAAGUGUUCGAUUGGAGUUAGUAGAUAGAUUAACAUCUUUUAAAUCAAAAAUACUUGUUGCCACGGAUUUGAUAGCCAGAGGAAUAGAUUCAUCAAAUGUAGACCUGGUGAUUAAUAUGGACUGUCCAAAUGACUGGGCUACAUAUCUACACAGAAUUGGCCGAGCUGGAAGAUUUGGAAACAAAGGAAAUGCUUUUACAAUAUUGGACGAUGACAAAGAGUUGAAAACUUUUAAAAAUAUUAUUAACAGUAUUGAAAGUAUUAAGGUCAAAAUGCUACCGAUUGCAAUUACAAAACCUAUACUUGAAUAUGCAGACAAUGAGCUUGAAGAACUUAAUUUAACAACUGAACCGGAUAUUUUACCAAUACAAGAAACUGAAAGUAACAUAACAAAAGAAAAUGGAAAUAAUGUAAUUGAAGAAAACUUAACAAAACAUAGUGAAAGUGAUUCUAACUUGAGUCCUAAUGUAAUUGAAUCAAAUAUCAACAGUAUAGCUAAAGAAUAUCAACCAUGCUCUGAAAUAAAAUCAGUUUAUGCCUAUGGUGUAUCUGAAGAGGAGUCACUACAAAAGCUACGUAAAGUUGUUAAAGAAACCGAAAAAAAACUCAUUGAAGAUAAUAUGGUUGACAAAAGACUUUUAACUGAUGAUAGAUCGUUUGUGUUAUUUGAUCCAGAACCCUUUCUUGAAGACACUGAUCAAUAUCCAGAAUAUAGUCCUGAUGAUCUAUUAGAAAUUAUGACAAAGUAUGAUUCAGAUUUUGAAAAAUAUGAAGCUGAUAAAAACCGAAUGUUAAAAAACACAGUACUCCAAACCGUUAGUGAAAAUGAACUCUCUAAUAUUAAUCAAGUGUGUGAAGAAAAUGAUUUUCCAAAUUUGUCCAACAUUACUGAUAAGAAAAUAAACGAUAUAAAUACAAAUCAGCAACAUGAAGCUCAAAUUAAUUGUGAAGACAAUAAGCAAUUUGUUAAUGAAGUAUGUUCAGAAAACAACUCUUCAAGGAAAUCAAACAGCAGUGUCGAUGACACUAAAAUUGAUACAAAUAAUAGUCAAAGACUACGAUUCACUGAUAUAUAUAGUUUAUUUCAAAUACCAGAUUUUAGUCUUUUAAAGCCUGCACAGCAUGAUAGUGAAGUUGCCCAUUCGUCAGAUGUAGGAGAGAGUGAUGUGUCAACAUCUAUAAUUUGUGAAAAGGGAAGUGAAGAUGAAGAAUUGUUUGAAGAAGAAAGCUGCGGUGAAGAAGAAGAAUGUAGUGAAGAAGAAGAAUGUAGUGAAGAAGAAGAUUACUGUGAUGAAGAAGAAUCCUGUGACGAAGAAGAAUCCUGUGAUGCAGAAGAAUCUUGUGAUGAAGAAGAAUACCAUGUUAAACAAAAAUAUUGCAAUGAAGAACAUGGUGUUGGUAAAAAAGAAUAUGAGGAAGAAAAUUAUGAAGAUAUUACAAAUAAAAAUUGCUCUUAUGAUGAUCAUCUUGACAACCGUGGGAUAUAUUUUGUGAAACACAACAAUAAAUCUAUACAAAAAUCACUUUGCAACAAUAUCAAAGAAUAUAAUGUACCUAAAAGAGAAGAAGAAAUUAUUGAAAACAAUGAUCAACAAAUAGUGGAUUAUGAAAUUUUAAAUGACUGGUAUAGCCAGUGGAAACAGCAAAUGAGUCGCAUACAAACAAUUGUUAGGAUGAGUAAGUGA